AUGUCUCUGCUACGAACGACUGUGGCUGGUGCCUCGCGCUCCAGUGCCGUGCUUCGCACAACCUCGGCCUCCGUGCGCCACCUCUCGACGUCCAGGGUCAAUGCCGCGGCUCGCGACGCCAAGGAUCCUCAGCUGGGCGACUACCCGGACCUGCCGUUUGUCAGCCUGCAGCAGCGCAAAUACUCGCCCAAGUGGUGGGACACACAAGAAAAGCGAAACUUUGGCGAGACGCUUCACGAGCAAGACGAUGUGCUUUCCGUCUGGGCGCCUGACGUACACGCCGUGCCCGCCAGCUCGGCACUCCGCCAAUUCAUCGUUGCCAUCGGCGUCGUCGGCGUGUUUGGCUCCAUCGUCUACGCUGCCACGCCCGAAAAGCCCGCACUCCCAAGGACCUACCCGCGAGACGGCCUCGCCGCCGAACUUGGAGGCGAGCAAGUUGCAGCUCCUAAGGAAGGCGCCUUCAGCGGAGAGGACGAGGAGGACGACGACGACGAAUAG